ACCCGUCCCAACCCUUAAAGAUCAGAAACUACCCUACCUAGUGAAGUCAUUCAAUAGGAGGAGUCAUGAAUUGCAGAAGCUUAAAUACAGCUUUGCUUUCUGCUUCCUACUCUGCAUGUCACUUACUUCACUGGUGGCAUUCUGUUAAGUUAGAAACCCAGCAUACUACAAGGAAACACUAGGUUUGCCACUUGUCUGUGGAUAGCGUAUUGCUUUUCUCCAGUUCCACAUGUUGAAAUUGUGUUUCUUCAUCUGUUUGAUAUACUGCGUGCAAUCAGAUGAGGAGACAGAAUGUCCUGAAUUUACAGAUCUUAAUAUAGGCAAUGCUUUGUCUGGAACAGAACUCCAAGUCCAGCUACUUCUGUACACAAGAGAAAAUCCAAAUUGUUCUGAGAGACUCAUUGAACACAAUGUUACUGCAUCUAAGUACUUCAAUACCUCCAAGAAAGUUGUCUUUGUUAUUCAUGGCUUCAGACCGACAGGAUCUGCCCCAGCAUGGUUAGGUGAUAUGAAGAAGCUUUUACUGUCUUCAGAAGAUAUUAAUCUUAUUAUAGUUGAUUGGAAUCGUGGUGCUACAACUGUGAAUUAUGUAACCGCUGUUGAAAACUGUGGAAAAGUUGCAGAAAUACUGAAGAACUAUGUUGACCAGAUGCUGGUAGACGGAGCUUCUCUUGACACUAUGUAUAUAAUUGGUGUUAGUCUUGGGGCUCAUAUAGCAGGUUUUGUUGGGCAGAAGUAUAAUGGCAAAAUUGGCAGAAUUACAGGUCUUGAUCCAGCAGGCCCUUCAUUCACCCGACAGCCACCUGAGUGGAGACUGGAUCGUAGUGAUGCACAAUUUGUUGAUGUAAUCCAUUCAGAUACUGAUGCACUAGGUUUCAAGAAACCUUUAGGAACCAUUGAUUUCUAUCCAAACGGAGGAAUGGAUCAACCUGGUUGUCCGCAAACACUGUUUGGUGGAAUUGAGUAUUUUAAGUGUGACCAUCAAAGAGCUGUGUUCCUCUUCUUAUCAUCUUUGAAAGGAAAGUGCAACAUAAUAACAUAUCCCUGUGACUCUUACUUGGAUUACAAGAGAGGAAAAUGUCUUGAUUGUGAAGCUUUCCAGCCAAUGUCCUGUCCAGUACUGGGUUAUUAUGCUGAUAGAUGGAAUAAAGUGUUAAUCCCAAAGAGUUCACCAACGAAAGCCUAUUUUGAUACCUCAGACCAAGACCCAUUCUGCAUGUAUAACUAUAUCCUGUAUAUUACUACCUGGAAUAAAAGUAUUAGGAGAGGUUUCAUUAAAAUUAAAAUAACAGAUUAUGCUGGAAACACAGUGGAAUCAGAGAUUAAUAGUGAAGCUUCAACAUUUCAGCAGUAUAAAAGAGUCAAAAUACUAGCUGGAUUUCAUCAAGACCUUGACAAAAUAUCAAAAAUUUCCUUGACCUUUUCUACGAAGACUUUGAUAGGCCCAAAGCACAAACUUAGGAUUCUCCAAAUGAGGCUGAAAUCUCUUAAUAAUCCAGAAAGGCUGCAGCUGUGCAGAUAUGACUUUGUACUAAUGGAGAACAUUGAACUGACCUUCAAACCUAUCCCUUGUCUAGAGAGGGGUACAUGAAGAGAGGGUUUCUACUGACUCAAUUUCUCUCACAGCAGUGACAUUUUGAUUCUUCCUCAGGAUAAAGAAGGCAAUGAGAAAGGAAAUGAGAUAAGCUGGAUUUAUUUGCAAGAGUCUACCUGGUAAAAUGCAUUUUUUGCUUUGAGUGCCUUAGGGUGAAAUUAGUUGAAAAGUUCAGGUAUCUAUGUAUUUGAGAAAUUUAAAUAAAGUAAAUGUAUCAUGGUGGAGAACA